GAGCCAUAUGGGAGGCGGUGCUGGGAGAGAGAAGCAGAUAGGAGGGAGGUGACGAAACACUUGGUGUGUGUGUGUGUGUGUCUGUGUGUCUGUGUGUGUAGGAGGAGGAAGUGUGUUCUUGCCUCUGUUAGUGCCCAGUAGCAGCAGGAGAAUGCUGUGCUGCUUCUUGUUCUCUGGUUUAAAACAGACCUAAUUCUGCAGCUCCUGAUCUGAACAGUGUGGAGUGCUGCUGUUUUUCUGAGGCAAAUCUCCAGAAGAAAAUAACAUGGUGGACUUCCCCUCCAAGGUAACCACGGAGACCAGCUCCCCACAGCCCCAGCAGGGGGCCGGCAGGCUGCGGGGGCUGGUCUCCGAUGCCACGUCCAGGAUGGACAUGUCGUUCCUGCGCAGUGUCCCGGCGGCAUUGAUGGCGGCUGAAACGGUUAUUGGCCUGCUGCACUGGGCUCUGAUUGCCGGCGCCCCCUACUGGCUGCACCACGCCUACGGCUGGGUGAUGUUUGUGGCCGUCUCUCUGUGGAUCCUCACCACCCUCCUCUUCCUCGUCCUGCUCUUCAGCGUCCCCCAGAGGCUCUCCGCUGUUCCCUGGACCAUGACGGUGAUGAUGUAUAACGGAGUGGCCGCCCUGCUCUACCUCACCGCCUUCCUGACCAACGCCGCCACGGUCCGGAGGUUCAACGCGUCCUUCCACGGACACAUCGGUGCAGCCGCUUUCUUCGGAGCGGUGCUGACGCUGCUGUACGGCGCUGGAACUUUCCUGUCCUACCUGGACUGGAGGGCCGACGGAGGAAACGCCGCCACCAGCACCGUGCCCACCUAAGACCACCAGAACCAGGACCACCAGAACCAAGCCUCCACAUUGACCCAAUCAUCAUCUAAGCUCAGCAAACCAAUUAAAGGAAAGAAAGUCGGCAGCUUGAUGAUAAAAGUCUAAAUUAUUUAGAUCAAAGUGUUUGUUUUCCUUCAUUUUAAAUGAAAAUGUUUGUUUACAUAGAAGGAUCUGAUCCAGAUGUGAUCCAGAUCUGAUCCAGAUGUGAUCCAGGAUCUGAUCCAGAUGUUCAUGUUUUCAUUUAUGUUUUCACUGUAAUCAGAUUUUUAAAGCUCAUUUUAUGAAAUAUAUUUACAAUAAAGGACUUUCAGUGAA